AUGAACAACUUGGAUCACUUGGUAAGCCUUGAAUGCCUGCAGUGUGGAAAUGUCAGCAGCCCCACUACAUUUUUUCUUUUGGGUUUUUCCAAGGCCUACAAAGCACAGGUGACUCUCUGCCUGGGCUUUUUACUCAUCUAUCUGGUGACUCUGCUGGGGAAUCUCCUCAUAAUGACCCUCAUCUGUCUGGAUAGUCACCUGCAUUCACCUAUGUACUACUUCCUGGGCCACCUCUCCUUCCUGGACAUCUGCUACUCCUCUGUCACCCUUCCUAAGAUCCUCAAAGACACCUUCUCAUCACAGAAGACCAUUUCGUUUGUGGGCUGCAUUACACAGAUCUAUUUUUUCCUUUGCUUUGGGGGUUCUGAGUGUGUGCUCCUAACUGCCAUGGCCUAUGAUCGGUAUCUGGCCAUCUGUCACCCCCUCCACUACACAACACUCAUGAACAAGAAGAUAUGCUUUUGUUUAGUGGUUGUUUCAUGGAUGAGUGGCUCAUUCUCAUCUCUGAUCCAAGCCUUCAUCAUAGCCAACUUACCCUUUUGUGGGUCCAAUGUGAUUGACCACUUGUUCUGUGAGGUGCCCUUCUUGCUGAAGGCAUCCUGCAGCCCUAACACUCACUUCGAUAAGCUUGUGUCAUAUGCUUUGGCAGGGACUAUUGCAAUGGGGUCUUUCAUCCUUAUUCUUGUGUCAUAUAUUCACAUCAUCCGGGCUGUCCUCCUGAGAAGAGCAGGAAGGCAGAAGGCCUUUGCUACCUGCACCUCCCAUCUGACUGUGGUAUCCCUGUUCUUUGGCGCUGGGGCCAUCACAUACUUGAUGCCUCAUUCCAGCCUUUCCAAGGAUGUACAUGAGGUCCUUGCCCUGCUGUACGCUGUUGUAACCCCCAUGAUGAACCCUGUCAUCUACAGCUUGAGGAACAGUGAAGUCAAAGGGGCCAUCAGGAAGGCCCUGCAUAGGGGGGCACUGGAGCAGAGAGUCUCUGCUUAG